AUGAACUCACAUUUUUGCAGAUCCUAUGCCACGUACAACUUUCACUUUCACCACACAGAAGGGCACUUUUUGGAUCAGUCCUCGCAAAGGUACACUGACUUUCCAACAGGAAGCCCUCCGGUGCUCACACUGAAGGAAGUGCCUUUGCUCACGGAGGUUCGAGCUUUUCACCCGAUCAUCUUCGCCCGCAAGUUCGACGCAUCCAAUCACUCCAGCAUUCGUCUGGAAGAACUUUCACCUCUUCGAAAGGCCAUCAAUCGCUGGGCUCCUGCAACAGGAAGCUUCAGCAAGAUCCUGGAUGCAGUCAGCCAUGGAGACCUCAGAGGUGCUGAGCAACAGCUGUCGUCAACAUCGAUCUUUGACACCCUGCCUGCCAGCUACCGUCUCUAUGUGCAGCAUGCGCACAGUGCGCAGCCACACUUCCGCGAGGCAAGAGUGAAUGGCACGCUGUGGCUUACUGAAAGAUAUGCCGUUCCACAGGAUUUGCUUUGGACGCACUCACCCAUACAAUGGAUCCGCGUGGGCACAGGCUGGAAUUCCUCUGACCUGCAGUUCCAUGGUGCGGUCUCUGUCUUGAGCACCCUGGAGGCACAACAGGGACUUUGGGCAGCCUUCUACUGGCACCUCGGGCAACCAGCACGUCAUCUACAAAUCAGUUGGUCAAGCCCAAAUGGCCGGAGAAUAUGGGUUAACCAGGAGCUUCCAGCUUAUCAGCUUUUCAGCGUAGCGAAAGCUCCCCUACAAGGUGUGCCUGAAGCUGGGUGGUGGUUGGUGGAAGUCGCCACAGGUUAUCCUCAACCCGGCCUUCAAGAUACUCAGGCAAAGCUUCAGGUACGUGUUGUAUCUCGGCGCUUCUUCCUACAUGAUAGCAGCACGCCACAGGGUGACUUGACGCAGGCCAUCAAGGAGUUGUUCAGCUUCGUGAUCCCAGAUGUCAGGUGA